CCUCAACCCUUCGUCAUUUAAUUGUUUCACAAGGACUUUGCAGUGACGUAACAAACCUGUUGCAUUCAGUACUCCUGCUCCCAGACGACAAGCACAUCCAUUCCAUUGUUGAGCCGACAUUUCAACAAAGACGCAGCGCCACAGCUCUUAAGAACAGCCCCGAAACCACCCAGUCCACUCCAUCCACGUCCUCAUCAUGUCAAACACAAACCGACCAGCCCUUCGGACCCGACCAGCAAACUCAGGCACAGCAACUCCCACGACCACCCAGACAAUCGUCCAAACCGACGCCGGCCCCAGCAUACCCAUCCCCGCCCUUCGCCUGCGCGCCGAGCCCGAAGAGCAGCGCCGUAUCCAAUGGGCGGACGAUGUGGUAGACAAUGAAGGGAUGGGCAAGAAGUCGUCGAAAGUGUGCUGCAUCUAUCACAAACCCAAAGAGCCGGGCGACAGCGAUUCCUCGGACAGCGAUUCGUCGUCGGAGGAUGAUGAGCCGGAUUUGAGUCGGGCGCAAAAAGCGGGUGGUGGGAAGGGGAGAGGGAGGAGACAUGAUCACGGGCGGGAUGAUGGGUGCGCGGAUGGUAGUGGCAAGGGAAAGCAGAGGAAGGCCAGUCCGAAUGCCUAUGAGCGGCAGCCUACAACGAAAUCCAAAAAGGAGGGAUGAGGACAGGUGGGAGUUAGAGGGUCAAUGAAGUUAUGCGCCCCACGAUCGAAACGGCGUGGACACCAAAGAGUACAUCAGCCUGAGCACGCGGAUGGCUCCGAGACGCUGCGAUACUUACACAAUCCCUGAUGGGCUCUAACGGCAGGGGGAAAUUGGGCGGUAGGGAGACGCACAUAUUGCCAAAGAGUUGUGCUGAGUUGGAUGGCCUCUCAUGCACGCGCGAAGACAU